GGUACCGGCUGGCGUCAUUCCGUGAAGCCAUGGCCAGCGAGUGUAGUGACUAACCACUGUCACAAGCUGGUCAUCCCACGGGCGUAUCCUGAUAAGAAAUUUAUCCUUCUCAUCGGAGCGUCCCAUUUGCGGUCCUUCGUGGACGGCAUUGUUGAGAUGCCAAGUGGCUGCCUACAGUUCGGCUUUAUGUCCACCCCUGGAGCCUGCGCAGCCGACUUGCAUCUUGAGGCAAUGAAAGCCAAUGUGCCUCGGGAGCCUGACGCCGUCUGCGUCAUGGGUCCUUCAAACGACCUUACGGCCAGUCUUACACCAGAAAAGGCGGGACAGGAAUUUGAGCGGUUCCUUUUGGCCGUCUGUAGUCGUUGGCCUAAGGUCUUUUGUAUCGGCUUUGUCCCGCGUUUAACCGAGUCCAGAGAGAAACAGUUAUUCUACCAGCAAGAAUUUCACCGCAGGUCAGCAAAGCUAGGAAUUCCUUAUUAUUCCACCGCUGACCACUUUCCUCUGGACCGUCUGAGUCUGUGGUGCCGUGAUGGCAUCCACCUAAGCGAUGACCACGGGAUGCACAUCCUCAGGGAUCUGAUUUGGAAUGCUGGCUAUCAGUUCCUGGAGUUGUCAGCACCAAAGCCACUGGUGCAGAGUCAGGCAACUCCUGCGUACAAACCGAGGGUGGUGCCCCGUGUGGUUGUGAAGGGCGUGGGGAGUCUUCCUCGUUCUCCUCCUGCUCCACACCCUUCUGAGUGGACAAUCGUGAGAUACGGCAGGAAGAGGAAUCACUCGGGGGAAUUGGACUCUGUCUCUGAUUCACCCAAGAAAAGAGUG